CUCUGCCAUUGCCAUCUUUAAUAAUCCAUCAAUGGAGAUAAACCCUACAAAUAUUACCCUCAGGCAAUUCAAAACCACAGAUGUUGAUGAUUUUAUAUUAUGGGCAGGUGAUGAGCAAGUUACCAAACAUUUGGUCACGUGGAAAACCAUCACUUCCAAGGAAGAAGCCUUGACUUUCAUCAAGGAUGUUUGCUUACCACACCCUUGGAGGAGGUCCAUUUGUAUCGAUGAUCGAUCGAUAGGGAUGAUCUCGAUAUACCCUGGCUCGGGCGAUGAUAGAUGCCGGGCACACGUAGGGUAUGCAGUGUCUAGGGUGCAUUGGAACAAAGGGAUAGCUUCAAGAGCUUUGAAGAUGGGCAUGAAUCAGGUUGUUGAGGAUUACCCUGAAUUGGUUAGGCUGCAAACUUUGGUUAGUGUGGAAAAUAAGGCUUCUCAAAGGGUUUUAGAAAAGUGUGGUUUUCUCAAAGAAGGAUGUUUGAGGAAAUACAGCUAUGUUAAGGGCCAAAUUAAAGAUGUUUUUAUUUAUGGUAUUCUGUCAACAGAAUUUCCAUCAGUUGAUCAAUAAUGAACUAUUUAGAGUCUGAAUUUUCCAUAGUUCUUUAACAUUUGUUAACUUGUCAUCAGUUUCUGUUUUAUUUAGUAUGUUGUAUCUGAUAAGUACUCAUCAAAAAUACUUAGUAUUAUUUUAAUUUCGGCUUACUUAUCAGUUUUACUAACCUUGCUUGGCAAACAUAUCAGUUGACAUACUUGUUUUCGUAGUAACCCUUUCGAAAUGUGCCUUCAAAUUGAAGAUAAUACUAUGCAGCUAAGCCAGUUUGUACAAAUCAUUUUGAAUUGCAGCUGCAAAGGAAUUCUAUCAGAAGAGAAGCAUAUUUUUAUUCAUUCAUUUCAACAAACUUAGAAGUAUAUUGAUUUGUAUAAACAAAAAAUACAAGUAGAAUUUUUUUCACAAUUUCUCAGGCUUAGUAAGUUAAUGCCCACUAAGGGCUUACUUUUACAUAAUUACAUUAAUAUUCCUCUUAUCUCCAUUACAUGAACUGC